GGAAAAGACCGUUUGCUGUCGUAUGUGGACGUCGAAUUGCGCUUAGCGUGUUCGGGACACUAUUUGAACAUUGCUGAGACAAUUUUAACGGUUGCGACUUUUUGGACAAAUUUUGUAAAUAUUAUUGAUUGGUUUACAAACAGUGGAUGGGAAAAAAUUGAGAAAACAAAUAAGUUUUGUUCGGGUAUUUGAGUGAAAUGUGUUAUUGAGCUGUGUUAGGAUUAGUGUUUUAUUCUUUUAAUUAUAUAAAUUUUUACGACUAUGGAAGAAAUACCAGAAGCUUUGAACUUUACGGGAAGGGGAGGAAGUAGUUUGAAUACUGAUCAUGGACUUAAUGCUGACUUAUUGGGAUCAGAUUUACACAAAAUUAAAUCUGAACCAGAUGUCGUACCCUACAAUAGUAUUCUUCCUUCCCUCUCACUGUCUUUACACAAUCAUGCAAUGCCUCCUGUUAGCACCUUCACAUCGAUAACCAAUACUGCGUUGGCGGGAAGCACAACACCGGGUCCGCACACACCUAGCAUCGAUUCCAAUGAGGAGUCUCGUGCUCCGUCUACCUCAUCUUGCAAUUCGCCCCAACCUCAACCAUCUUCGUCGACGGCGACUUCAACUUCCAAUUCCUCUUCUUCGAAUAACAAUCAAAGUAAACCACCUUAUUCGUAUGUAGCUCUUAUAGCGAUGGCCAUACAGAGUAGUCAUCUUAAAAAGGCGACGCUAUCGGAAAUUUAUCAGUACAUCACGUCGAAGUUUCCGUACUUCGAGAGAAAUAAGAAAGGAUGGCAGAACUCCAUAAGACAUAAUCUGAGUCUCAACGAAUGCUUUGUUAAGAUACCUCGGGAAGGGGGCGGUGAACGCAAAGGUAACUAUUGGACGCUGGAUCCUCAAUACGAAGACAUGUUCGAAAACGGCAAUUACAGAAGACGAAGAAGAAUGAAGCGACCUUAUCGCUCCGCCCAACCGUAUCCGAAAGCCUUCUUCGGCGACGCCCUAGGUCAACACGCUUUACCUUUAGCUAGAAAUAUAUUUACGCCACCUACUUAUCCUCCAGAAUUUUCAAGGUACGGUGAUUGGAUUGGUCAGUCCCAACUUCCUUGUUAUACAACUUGCAAUACGGCAGCGUACCCCCAACAAGGUUAUCCUUCCGCAGCAGCUUUCGGUGCGUGUAACGUACGACAAGAAGCAGCGACCAGAUACCCUCCACCUUAUUGGCCUCCCGAAGGAGACUAUUCACCUGGAUCACACGGUUCACCACCAACUGAUACACAAUUACUACUUCAAUGGUGACUCUUGUUGAAUAAAGGAAUGUGAUUUAAAUAAAGAGAGGUUGGUUGAUUGUCGAUAGUGAAGUGUUUAUAGGAUUUUGUAAAAUAAUUGGUUUUCUUGUGAUUUUUAUGAUGAGUUUAUCUUAAUGUAAGGAUGCAAUGAAAGGUAAAAUAUAAAAUUAUUUCUAAUUUUUAUUAGUAUUAUCUAGAUUUUUUAGAAAUUCACUUGAUCUUGUUAAGCAAUCAAAUAAAACAAAUUUUUAUCUACCAAAGAAUUAUAAUAGUCGGAGAAAAAUACUUGGGACUCACCCAAAAGAAUUAGUUAUUUUUUAUACCUAACUAGUUGAUCCUUCAAACCUCGUACCGCUCAAAGUAUAUCAUACAAGCUACGGCCUACUGGAAUAGUUACCUGUGCAGAUUUACUUGAGCAUGUCAUCCGAACGUCGCACACAAACGAAAAAUCGAAAAAGUAUAUGAUAAAACAAAAAAAAUGGGUUGAACAAAAAAUAUAAUUACUUCCUAAGCUUUUCUAGCUUCGCGGGUGUUAGAUGUGUGUGGAAUCUAGCUACGAUGUAGUCUCAUUUCUCUAAAGUCUCAUCCGUUCUUUUUGUUUUAUUCCAUUUCAUCUUAACUUCCUCACUCAAUGUUUUCUUGGUCUUUCUUUUUUGCUGUUCUUGUCCUAUACUUUCCUAAGCAUUUUGUUGUCUCCGUUUCUUAUUACAAGUUCAAACCAUCUCAGCUGCGCUUCUUCUAUUUUAGUACCUAUAGGUUUUGUACCUAGAUUUUAUUAUUUCUUAUCAGGGUGUCCCACAACAAGUUGAAACUAUCUGUAUAUGGCAAAAUACUAGUAAAAUCAUGAAAAUUUCUACGUUUGGGCUUAAGUAGAACACCCUAUAUAUUAAUACAUUUUUGAAAUCUGCGAUCUUUUUAACUAAAAUAUUUUAAAAGAUGGCCGACUUCCGGAUCUACCGGAAGUCGACUGUAACUUUCUUCUUUCCAAUAGAACACCCUGUAUAUUAAUACAAUUUUGAAAUCUACGAAAAAUUUUGUACACUUCUCUCUAAAAACUUUUCUCGAAAAAUGCAUACUUUUUGAGUUAUUAAUUUACUUGUAAAAAAUUUGACCAUGGCAGACCCUUAUAAAUUAUUUUUUUACGAGAAUACCCUUAAAGAUAUGAAAAUAGUUUCUGUUCGGUUGCUUUUAGCAAGAUUAGACGUAUUUGAAUUUGAAUUUGAAAAAGUGUUCAAAGUUUAACUUCAUAAAUACCAAAUUUCUUUAUUUUUUCAAAUAGAACCACCCGGUUUUUUCACUUUUUAUACACACCCUGUAUAAAAUGAAAAAUUUUUCAACAUAGAUUCAAAUACGUCUGACUUUGAUAAAAGCAACCGAAUAGAAACCAUUUUCAUAUCUUUAAGGGUUUCCUCGUAAAAAAAUAAUUUAUAAAGGUCUGCAACGGUCAAAUUUUUUACAAAAAAUUUGAUAACUCAAAAAGUAUGCAUUUUUAGAAUAAAGUUUUCACACAAAAGUAUACUAAUUUCAUGUAGAUUUCAAAAAUGUAUUAAUAUAUAGAAUAGAACCUGAAGUCGGUUAUCUUUUUUAGUUAGUAUUUUGCCAUAUACAGACAGUUUUAACUAGUCUCAACAUUCAUUUUUUUUAUUUCAUGAGAAAAGUUUGAAAAAACACACCACACGUGUUAAGUUUAAAACGAAAUGAAACAAUUCGCGUUUACCGCUAUCAAUAGUGUAUUUGAAGAGUACACUACUAAAAUCAGUGCACAAGUGAAAGAAUACAGGAAUCAACUCAAAAAAGACCUCAGUUUGCAACAUUUGUAUUAGAAUGGGAAACUACUGACGGGGCAACGGGCAACUGGUUGCUAACCUGUUUAAAGAAACUCGACUAGUGGAUUAAAUAACAACUUGAAUCAACUCAAAGGUCUUCUUAAUGGACGAUGGUUAUUUUAGUUUCAAUCUAAUCACGACACUACUUUUUCACUUCAACAAGUUAGUAAUUUGUUUUAGUAGAAUUACUUUCUUCAUUUAUUUAUUAUUUUUUUUAUGAGAAAAGCAAGGACAAGUUAUUGAACCCUCUUGUAAUUGGAGUAGUACCGUCUGUAGAUAUUGAUCUUGAACUUCAGUUGGUUAUAGUGUGCCUUUGUAGCUGAUUCCAAAGACUUCUGCAAAGGAAUAAUUGUUGAUUUUAUUAAUUGACGAUCUGAAUGUCUGCAGGCAAACUGCUAUAGGUGGGAUUAUGUUGGAUAAUUCGGAAGAGCAUGCGUUUUGGUAGUAUCGGUAAAAUAGAAUCAGCUCAGCGACGUUUCUUCUAUCCUCAAAGUUUCUGAUCAACGCCUGUAAUUCUAAUUACUCUCAUCUGUAUUGAGUCGAACAUCCUCUGAAGGUACGAGCUCUAACUAUGCGAGCAAUAUUCUAAAGAUGGACGAAUAGGAUAUUUUGUGCAUUAUUAAGAGAAAAAAUUUGACUGGAUUCUUUGGUUCGAUAGUGGGAUAAUUUAUUUUUUUAUAGUUAAACUUGAGAAGGGUGUGUAGAAUAGAAUUUCUUAUCAAACCUCACGUUGUUAUAAACCAAAAUGAACUAUUGUUUACUUUUGCGUCAGGCUUUGGUCACAAUUGAAUCUGCUGUGUUUGCAGAGACGUAUCACUUGUAAGUUGGCAACCAUUUGGUGAUUUCCGUCACUUUUGAGCUUAGUUCCUUUUAAAUUGAUACAUGUUUAUUGGGCCUAACCGUUUAUAGUUAGUUAAUUAUUGUUUAUAGUGCUCAGUGUACCAUUUUAUGAUCCAAUAGUAUCUAUAUAUACAUUUAAUUAUGUUUCGCAAAAGUAAUUACAAAAUAUUUUUAACUUUUCCAUCUAGUAUAUUACGGGAUGAGACAUGAAGAACUUUACAUACUUCUCCCCUAGGAAGUGUACAACAUAUGAUAGAAGGAUGUACAGUUCUUCAUAGUUAACCCUAUAUAAAAAUACUACAAUGUUUUAUUUGAAAUAAACCUUUCUUGUAAUCUUACAUUUUGGAUUUUCUAAUCUUAGUUUAUAUAAUGUACAAAUAUGGGAAUUGUAUAUAUGUUUUAUCGUAGUAAUACUUUGUUAAAAAUUAUCUAAAUACCCCCGUAUCGUUUUAAAAUUAUUAUACGCAAUAUUGAUAAGAAGAUCCAGUAAUUGUACAUUAAUAUCAUUAAUUUGGUUUUAUACGUCAGAGAAAAUGAUACAAAUUAAACAUAAAAUUUAAAAUAAUGUAAAAGUUUUAAUUUUGUAUUUUUUGCUGAAAUGUUUGUGAUUGUGAGACUCAUAACCUUACUUACAAAACGUCAUUUUGUGAUUUUUGCAGGGGUCGCUACAGUAUAAACGUUAAAGUACUGGAGAGUUCUAAAAAAUAAUUAGACCUAGCAAUUUUUAAAUGAGAGACAAAUUUUGACGUUUCGACUAGAUAAAGACUUAAAGAAAAGUCGAAACGUCAAAAUUUGUCUUUCUUUUAAAAAUUAUCAAAACAAAACUAAUUUCAAAACAAAAGAGACCUAAAAUCAUGAACAUUUAGAUGCAUAAAAAUAAUAAUUACAUAAUUUGAAUAUUAAUACUCUAAAUUAAUACAUACAACAUUUUCUAUUACUGAGACAAAAAUUAUAUAUUAAUAGAGUCGACCAGUGAAUUAACGAAUCCACCUUCAUAUUCUUCUUCAUACGCUGUUUCAGUUUCAUUAUCCAUCUGGGAUACAAGAUUCUGCUCUGCCUACUCUUUCCAUAAUUUACACUCACGUGUUAUAUUCCAGGCGGUUUGAUAGAGUAGCAUGUUUUUUUAUUUGGAAAUAUUAUAUGCCAAUACCGGAAUGCAUCACUAUUCUUGUUAAGCGCCUUCACAAAGUUAGACUUAUAUUUGAUGUUCAUUUUGCCCGAAAUUUAGCCGUUUUGUAUAUGCCAUGACUUCUAUUUCUGGAGAAGGUACAAGAGUCAGGUAGAAUUUAGAUAUCAGUAGAGAUUGCAUAUGACUUAUGAAUUAUUAUAGGCCAGUAAAUAGAGCAAUUUUUCUCCCAAAGAUUCAACUUAAAUUGCUCGUACGAUUUUUUUUUGCUUUGUGGUCGUCGCAGUGUGCUAAAUCAUUACUAAUGAUCUUAUCACCGUCUUAGAGGGGUGCUACCCCCCUAAAAUGGAAAAAACGUAUUUUUGGGAGGUAUUCUCUAAAAAACGUGCAAUUUAUCAGUUUUGGGAUACAAAUCCUCCCUCCCCAAAUCGAUAAAAUAUCUUUCCUGAAAGUGUUUUCUAGAGAUUAUCGCUCUUACGUAAUGAAUAUAAUCAAAAUUGUUAAAAAUAGUAAGUAAAAGUUAUUGGCGCUAAUUCUCCCCUCCCAGGGCCAUAGAACCCUCAUGUUAUCCCAGAAACGUGUUUGAGGGGUAUAUAUGAAAAAAUAUGUGGAAUCACUCGUUUUUUUCAUUUAUAUUGAGGAGGGUACAAAGAAAUGAAAUCUCGAGAAAUCACCAUCAAGAAAUGGGUAGAACAAUAUACGAGUAUUUAUUUAAUCAUCGAACUCAUCAUCCCUCUCAUAGUCACUAUCUGCGUUUUCACAGUCUGGAACUAUCACCGCUCGAACUAGGUCCCUGGCCGACAAUGUAUUGUAAACGUCGAAAUAGUUAUGUUUUCAGCUACUACAAGAUUGGCUGAGUUUUAUCUAAAAUCCCUUAAAGUAAGCGCAUUUUUAUAAAGCUUCUCAAAAAGAUUAGAUAUUCCCCUCCAGAUUCCACUUUGAUUCAUGUUAAUACGUGCGCUUAUUCCUGAGAUAUCAACAUUUGAAGUUAUCAACUCUGUCAAGAUUUUAUAACCGAAAAAAAGCGAACAUUCGAAAAUAAUCGUAUUUGAAACCAGCAUUACUGGUACCGAAUAAAUGCUAUGGAAUUUAAAAAUUAAGUACUCGCUACAAAGAUAGAGACAAGAUUUCAGUGAUUUAGAGCAAAUAUUUAUCUUCAAAAUGACGUAAGAUUCGUCAAAAUCGGGCAUUUCUAUCGAGAGUUAUCGAUUUUUAAUCCCCGCGCUGGUUCAAAAAAUGCAGAUCGCGAAAACGCUUAUCUUCAACAAUUUUUUUCAGGAAUACGGUGCAAUUUGGCGAAAUUGUUGUACGAACCUUUUUUUUGUAAAAUUUUGUGCCCUUUCUGAAUCUACAGUUUUUUUUUGAUAAGACAAUAAUUUUUUAAGAUAUUCUGAAAUUACUUCAAAAAACACCAUUUUGGGCACUUUUCAUUUUGAAGUCAUCUAACUCUGAUAAUGUUGACUCUGAGUUUUUGCAAAGAUAAUAAUUCCUUGAAUUGGGUCUCCUUAUUUAUUAUGAAGAAAAUUGUUGAAGAAGUCUCUGAAGAAAAACUCGCUGUUUUAUCGUUAAAAUAACCCAAAGUUUCGCGAUCAAAAAAUGACUUCUCUCCCCCAUAGAAGUUUAGAGGACCCAUCAAAUUGUCCAAGGUCAAUCAUCAAUCACUAAUAAUUUCGGAAUGAGGAAUUAAUUUUCAGAAUAAAACUGUAGGGGUAAAUUAUCGAAAGACUUGACCUGGCUCAUAGCAGAUGCAGCUCCGACAGAACCAUAAAUCAGCCUGGUGUUUAUAGGCCGAGCACCAGGUACUUUUUUUGCAAAGUUCUGGAGAAAGGAUUUUUUUUUAAAUAUGUUCAGGUGAGUUCCCUGCAUGUGAAUCCAAGUAGGGGCACCACCUGCGUCAGACGUCAUCUUGAAAAACACGUUUCAUCGAAUAUCACGCAAAUCGAGCAUUGUACCACAAAAAUAAUACAUAUCAUUUCUAUACAUAAUGAUUUUCGCCAUCUUUUUUAUUUGAAACUUUUUUUUUAUAUAAUGUAUAGGUUUUUAAUUAUAGCGCUCCAAACUUUAUCAUGUUAACUGUUAACUAUAUACUUAGCAAAAACAAUAUUGUCGUAGGAUGGACGGUUUACGAGUUAUUCAAUAAAACGUUUUUUUCAAGAUGGCGGAUGACGCGGGGCCCCCCAUAACGCCCAACUUGGAUUUAUAUUCAGGGGGGAAGUCCCCUGAAUAUAUGCACAUAAACCAAAAAAAUCCUUCUAGAACUUUGCAUUAUGAACCUACUUUUUUGGCUCUGGCGCUUGGCCCAUUUGUCUAUAUGUCAAAAAACGAUUGGUUUGGAGAAGAAAAAUAUGACGUGAUAGAGUAUUUUACGAUUAAAGAUGAUAGGUUGACACAUAUACAGGGUGUACUACUAAAAUAUUUUAAAAGAUGGCCGACUUCCGGAUCUACCGGCUGUUAUUUCCAAUAGAACACCCUGUAUAUUAAUACAAUUUUGAAAUAUACGAAAAAUUUUAGUAUAAUAUUGUUUAAAAUUUUUAUUCAAAAAAUGCAUAAUUUUUGAGUUAUUAAUUUUUUUAUAAGAAAUUUGACCGUUGCAGACCCUUAUAAUUAUUUUUUUACGAGAAUAUCCUUAAAUAUAUGAAAAUAGUUUCUGUUCGGUUGUUUCUAGCAAGAUUGGAGGUAUUUGAAUCUAUGUUGAAAAAUUUUUUAUUUUAUACGGGGUGUCUAUAAAAAGUGUUCAAAGUUCAACUUCAUAAAUAUCAAAUUUGUCUACAUUACUAUUAAAGUAUCUUCUUAUUAAAUAAACGAUAUGAAUCUAUUAGACAGAAUUACAGUUUUUAUUUCCUAUUAUAUUUUGUUAACUCUUGUUACUGAUAUUUUGUGUUCAUUGUACAAAAAAUAAGACUUAUAGUCAUAUAAAAUGCAUUUAUAUCAGCGUUUCACAACUUAUGGGACGCUCCUUCAUAAGCGGCCACCAUAACUUCUCGUAGUGGUUGCCAGUACUUAAAAAUGAAAAGAAAAACGAUUGAUAAUAUUGAAAAAUAUAUGAUUCACAAAAAUAAAAGCAAAAUGAUAUUCGUUCCGAUGUAACAACCAAUUAAAUUAAUAGAGUACACGUUUGAACUAAUAUAAUUAAUUAUUCUAAAUGUGAUUAAAUUAUACCUUAACUUACCGAAAAAAAAUAAUAUUAACGAAUCUUAAUGUCAAUCUUAUUUACUCCACAAUGACCUUUUGAUCCUCUGGAACGAAUUUAUGGAGAAACUCUCGACAGUAAUUGCCGAUUUCGGCUCAAUUUUUGAGUUCCAUUCAUUGUCAGGCAGUUUCAACGUCAUAUUCAUGAAUCCACGUCUCUUUACCAAUAAUUUGGGGUAUUUAACUACGUUAUACAGAAUCUAUCUUCGGACCUUUUGGUACGAGUCUAGAAUUGACCCACUUCGUACCCAAAACAUUAACCAAAAUAUUGUCAGUCCGUCCACAAGACAAGACGAGAGCUUCGACUAUCUCUGAAAUUCCGUCUCGACCAUUUAUAAGUACCAUUACCAUUAUAUUAUAGUCUUCAAAAGAGGAGAAUGGUGGACUAGCAUGAGUUAAGCUUUGAACGACUUGACGAUUUUCACUGAAUGCUUUGUGUCACUCAAAUAUUUGUAUUUGUACAAGUAGACUAUAAAGUAUGAAGUAGACUACUCAUAGCCGUAAUUCCGUUAAAAAUACAAAAUUUCAAUUCGUUGCUCAGCUUCUCAUAAGAAGAUUUUAUAAAAUAAGUAAAGGGAAUAUGCUCAGAUUAAUAAGAUUCCUUUAUACAACACAAAAAAACGGUUCUUUAUCUAUUUUUCAGUUUUCUUUUUUUUUUUUAAAUUUUUACAACUGUACAUAGAUUGGUUAAAUGCCCAUAGUAUGUUGUUAUUAUGUAAGUAUGUGUAAGUAUUCUUCAUUUUUAUUUUUUUUUUUUAUUUAAAAAAAAUAAUCUUCAGUCUUUAUAACAACUCAACCACAAAGAAAACAAAAACUAUAUAACUUUAAAAAUAACAUAGUUUCCAAAACAAAACCAAAGUUUUUUAUUUUUUUAAGAAAGGGGGGAAACUUUUUUUAAACUGUAACCUAAUUUUAUUACAAACAGUCUGGAUAAACAAAGUUAUCGUUAUCAUUUUUAGCAAAAACCUUUUCAAAAUUUCUCCUGUUUUUCAAAAUUUCUCAAAAACUAUACGAUAUAGGUACACGAAAAUCGAUUGAGAACAAAAAGUUAGUAUUUUUUUAACAAAUAUUUUCUUUUUUUAAAUUUUCUGUAACUUUUGAUAUAACUGAGGUGAAGAAGUUUAUAAAUUUAUAGGUUAUAAAAUUUUUUAUAUAUCUACGUUUUCAGCGACUAAUUUGCUUGAAAAUUAACGGAGAUAUGGCAAAAAAACUAAAUACAAUAUAAUUUUCCUUUUUAAUUUAAAAAGUUUCCUGUGUAAUUAAACAUUGUACAAAUUUUAUUAAUAAUUCAAGUUAAAAGAUAUAAAAAAAUGUCAAUUAGAAAUAAAUAUAUCAAAAAAUUAUAUUAGUGCGUCUGUAAAUAUUUUUUUUUCAAUUUUUUCCGAAAUGGAAGUUGAAAAUUGUGAAUAGAAAAUAUUCAAAUCGAAAUAGAUAAAGAGAUAUCCAUUUAAAAUAAAUAAAUCAUCAAAAAGAAUAAAUACGUCUAUAAAUAUUUUUUUGUAAAUAAGGAAAUAUUUAUAAGGGUUGAAGAUUUGGAUGUAAAAUAUUUGAGUUCAACACAAACAAAAUGAGUCAACUUAAUAUUAGCACAACAAAGUAAUUAAAUUAUAUUUUUUUAAUUUUAUAUUAACCGGGGUUGCUUUAUAAGGGAUAAAAUAUAUCAAACAGAAUUGAAAAAUUAUAAAUACUAUAUUAAAGCAUUAAAGAACUUUUAUUCAAACCUUAAAAGUAUUUUUUUACACAUUAAUUAAAAUUGUAAUUAAAAUUUUAGUGAUUUGUUACAAUAAGGGGUAGUUUUCAUCCCUAAGAAUAAUAAGCACACAUCAGCCUAGUGUAAAUUUUUGAGAUAAGGGUAAAUCAAGCUUAAUUCCAAAUUUUCAUGUAAAGUGAUGCAGGUUCAUGGAAAUCGGAGGUGAUACCCAUUUUUACCUUGGUAGCCUGGACUAUCAUUGACAUUUGUAAAUAUUUUUGCUUCACAGCUCUAACUUUCUACAAAAAACAACUGACAACUACGGAUAUUUAAUUUCUCGAUCAACUACCCUCUUUUUGCAGCGUGAUUGACGAUUCUUGGUUGUUUUCCCCAUAAAAAAAUAAUUUCAAAUAUCAAAUAAAGCGAGUGAUGUAGCUUGCAGAAAAGUAGCUAGUCUCCGGCGAAUAUACCGUUUAAAAUUGCGCCCUAAUAAGAUUGAGAAAUGCUGAUUUGAGUAUGUAGAAUAUUUAAUCUUAUCAAAAAAAUAUAUAUAACUCUUGUGGUGUAUAUUUAUAAUUAUAAUUUAAUAUUUAAACCACAAGUCGUAGCAUUUAGUAAAUUGAUCAUUAAAAUAAAAGGAUUUAUAGUUGAAAACAUCUCGAAUUUAUUUUGGGGGUGGAAAAAAGUUUAUGAGAAAUAUCUCGCGACCAAAAAAAAAAUUAUAACAACAUCUAAAAAUUAAUUGUUGAACAAAUAACUACAUCCAUAACCGGAAAUUUUUAUCGCGGCUCACAAAAAUGUGAUAUUUUCCAAUAUAUUUUUCCUUUAUAUCAAAACACUUAGUACAACUUGGUAAAUCAAAGUUUCAUCGUCGCUGUUAAAUCUUUUUCCCCUUUAACUUCGCGAGCAAAUAAUAAUUGAGGGAGCUAGAUCAGGGCUAUAAUGUAGGCGUUCAAUCUUUCUCAAACCAUAUUCAUGUACAAUAGCCAUGGAAAGCCAAACAAUGGUUUUGCCGCGUCUUUUACCAAUAAUUUUUUUGUCGCAACUUAGUAAAACAAAAUUGUACGGUUGUAUUUAAUUCCUUCAAAUCAAAAGUAUACCCUCGCAGUUCAAGAAUAUUGUAAUAUAUUUUUCGCGUUUUUGGUAACCUUUCUUGGCACGGUCUCUCCUUUUCGAUGCCACUCGAUAGAAUCUUUUUUGGAUGUCGGAUCAUAGUUCCACCACUCGUUACAAUUUGGUUUACACUUUCUUGUUGUUGUCAAAUAUCCCAAAUAUGAACAGUACCUCUCUGUUAGAAGUUUAAUUUCAAGUGUGGAAAAACUGGAAGAUAAAAAACGACGUACAAUGAUCGCCAAGUUUUCUGAACAAAAUCAAGAUCUGAAGAAAUCGUUUACGGUAAGAAUUUUGGGCAGAAAAGUCAAAAACAUUCUAAAGGAACAGAAUGUAGUUUAGAAAUCGAGAAAAUCUGCACCCAAAUAUUCUGAGAAGCAACAAAUGGAACAAACAUCAAAACUGAAAACGAAUUUUCGCCCGAAAGGUUUGAAAAUCACUAUAGUCAACGAGUCAUAUUUGACAGAGGAAAAUGGCAAAUAAUAAGUCUUAUUAUUUUCAGAAAGGCGAAGAAAUAAAUUCAAAGUGUAUUUAAAAAGACACAAAAAGCUCAAUUCGAAAGUAUAUAUAUUUUCUGGUGGUCAUUCUUCAACAUAAAUUUGUUUUUCUGAAAAUCCCUUAUCCGCCAAAAUAUAUGAAAAAGAGUUUGUAAGAUCUAGAUUAAUGCAGUUCAUAAAAAAGCAUCAUAAAGAAAUUUUUUCCAUCUUAAACUCGAUUUCUUCGGUCUAUUUUCCUUAUACUAACCCAUACCAUUUUUCUAUCUGUUGAUACUUACUUUCAAGAGGAUUUAACCAGCUUGAUCUAUUAUGUAUUUAUGCCACUGUUUGGAAUAGAAUUUUUGACUACCACACUUAGGGGUACCGGGUACAUUAAAUCUCAAAUAUUUAGGGGGAUAGAAAACUGUGAAAAUAUACAUUUCUACUUUACAUAUAUCAUUAAAAGUUUCUUUGAUAAUUUGAUAGAAUUUAUAUUAAUGUUUUAAAUAGAGAGAGACAGAAGCAAUCAAUCAAAAGAAAAAGUAAUUGAAUUAUAUCUAUUACUGCUUCUAUAUAUUCCCAAUAGUUAUAAAAUAAACGAACUUUAUUGAUAAGUCUAAGAAUGCUCCUAAUAUGCAUCAACUGAUGCCAGUUGAAAGUUUCUGGAGAAAUAUAUAUGGGAAACAAAACUACACAUGAAUAAUUAAAAGAAAGACAAUUUUGAGAAAACUCUGCAUAAAAUUUGUAAAUUUGUGAAAUUAUAGUGUAGUAACCAUCGUUCAAUAGAGUAAAUUGCAAACAAUUAAAACAGUUUGUCUUCACACCCUUAGAUCACAUCUAAUAAUUUUGUGAAAUCUUCAUAAUAAAUAAGAUAACAGGGGGAGGAAGACUUGAUGAUCCUCACUGUUUAAAUUUUCGUAUCUUUCAAGCAAAUUGAUAUAGAAAUUGUAUUUUGAUAUGAUCAAAAUAUAAAAAAUCAUAUUAGAAAAACUCCUUUAAGAAAUAAUUACAUAUAUUACAUAUUUUCAAAUUAAGACUUUUUCAUUAAGAUAGUUUCAGCAAAUUAUUUUUGAUGUAGUUAUUUAUACCCCUCCCCCCAAUUGAAACAUUUUUCUAAUAUAUAUCCCUCAAAUGUAAGAUGAAUUAAAUUUUCAAAAAUACAGGCUUGCUUGAUACCGUAAAACUAAAUAUUUCAAACCUUAAAGGCCGCUUGACAUGAUGCAACACAACGUGGAAUGCAAGACGCAAAAUUUUUUAAUCAAAAGCAUGCGAAAAUUAAGUUCAGUUGAUUGUUUCAUGCAAGAUCUUGCACUUCCAAUUUUAUCGUUUUGGUGCAAAUUUUAUUGCGGGAAAGUUGCACUUUUAGAGAGAAAUGAGCUUCUUCAUCUAAGGCAGAGGCAGAUAUAAUUAUUUCCAGUGAUGCAACGACCACUUUUUUCUUACUUACUUUACUAAGGAAGUUUGACAUGGUGCAAGACAACGUGCAAUUCAAUGCAAUGCAAGACGCAAUAUUUCUAUUCAAAAGCAUGCUCAGGUGAAAUCCAGGUUGAUAGUCUCAUGCAAGAUCUCGCACUCACAAUAUUAUUGGUUUGAUGGCAUUUUCAUUGCGAACACGUUGAAAUACUAAGGAGAAAUGACUUUCUGAUCUGCUGAUAGUACGUCUCUCCCCAAGAAUUUCUUAGUUAGCUCACAUUUUAUUUUCGUUGGGAGUUUUGUUAACUGUUUCUUCAUCCACAUAUUUGCUCGUCUUUUUUUUUCUAUAGCUAAACUAAUGUUUCUCCUUGCUCUAUCCAGGCAGAAGCAAGGUAGAGACGAUAUAAUUAUUGCUAGUCAUGCACUUACUUCUUUUUCCUUGUUUACUUUAAUUAACUUUGAUUUUGUUUCCAUUUCUAAACCGCACACAAAUACUAAAUAAAAUGUGAGGUUAGGAAAUUGUUUACUUUUACUUAUAUGGAAUUAUGACUAGUGACAACCAUGAUGUAAUAGCAAGCGAAGUGCAGCUAUGCAAUAUAUUGAUCUUGCAAUAAAUUGCAUGCAAUUCCUUGCAUGUUGUCUUGCAUCAUGUCAAGCUGAUUUAAGGAGCUCUAACGGUUUUAGAGCAAAAAAUGUAAGCCUCACUUUUUCCCAAUAGAAAAUAAUUUUAUAUUUCUUUUUAAGAAGCCCCGCGAUGAGGUUGCUGGAAAACUUGCUUUUGAAUAUCUAAUUUGCAAUAAGACUGCAAAAAAUGCUGAAUUGAUAGUUUUUUUUAAAAUUUCAUUAUCAAAUGAACUUUAAAAUCAAACUAGUUUCCUCACUCUGUAACUUAAUUGGAAAUACUACAUUCUAGAAACUUAAAAUUAAUUCUAAAAGUUACUAAAAACGCUUUUAUUGUAAUAGCAAAUGAAAAUUAAAUAUAUAAUCCAAACAUA